GGAUUUUUUAUUUCUGGACCUGGGAUUUCCACCUCUAGUGUGUGGUGAGAGGCAUGGCUGAGCUGCUGUUCUCUGAAUCCGCCUGCACACAGUAGAGGAUGCAGCAGCGGCCCCGCAUCACAGCGGAGCUGCCCCGCCUGCCCACCGCAGCCACCCCGCAACGAAUACCAUUAAACCGGCUGAUCGCACCGCGAAGAAGCUGCUUCUCCAGAGACCCUUAAGGACAGUUCGGACCGGCGCGCAGAGCCCUCUGCGCUCCUAAUGGAGGGGCAGUUAGGAGGUUUUUGGGAAGGACGCCAUGUUUCCCUGUGUUUCCACCUGGCCUUCUGCUGAAGCACCCGUCUCUCUCGGACAUGCACCGCCCACUCUUCCUCCAGGCCAGCCGCCCAAUCAGCCCCUUCCUGACCUGCUGCGCGGUUGCGCUGUUCUGCCGCCCUCAGCCCCACCCCUAAGCCCCUGUGAGCCCAGCGCCAUGGAGUCCGUGAUAGUAGUGACCGAAUAUGAGCCGAGUGGCACCCAUGGGCAGGGGGCCGGAGACGAGGUGGAGGACAUGGACAGCUCGGAAACGCCCGAGCCGUCAUCCGGUCCGUCACCGCCCUUUCGCGCGCCCUCCUGCGACCUUUUAUCUCACACGGUGGGCCGUCCCGAGGCUUUGUUCCCAGAGACGCAGGAGCACCGGGGCAGGCUCAAUCUCUCGGACAGGAAGCUGUCACUUCAGGAGCGUUCGCAGACUCUCUCCUCUCCGUGCGGAUCACCUGGCCUCAACGGACGCUACAUCUACCCGUCACUGCCCUACUCGCCCAUCACCUCGCCCCAUUCUUCUCCUCGCCUACCUCGCAGACCCACCGUGGAGUCCCACCGAGUCUCCAUCACGGACCUGCAGGAUUGUGUGCAGCUCAACCAGUACAAACUAAAAGAUGAGAUUGGAAAGGGCUCCUAUGGAGUCGUCAAACUGGCCUACAAUGAGGACGACAACACCUACUAUGCCAUGAAAGUCCUGUCCAAGAAACGACUGCUGAGACAGGCUGGCUUCCCGCGAAGACCUCCUCCCCGAGGGGCCAAAUCAGCCCCAGAGGGCCCACCUCAGCCCAAAGGCCCUCUGGAGCGAGUAUACCAGGAAAUCGCCAUCCUCAAGAAGCUGGACCAUCCGAACGUGGUCAAGUUGGUGGAGGUGCUGGAUGACCCAAGUGAAGACCAUUUGUACAUGGUGUUCGAACUGGUCAAGCAAGGAGCAGUGAUGGAGGUUCCCACUGAUAAACCUCUGAAUGAAGACCAGUCCCGCUUCUACUUUCAGGACCUGCUUAGAGGGAUUGAGUACCUACAUUAUCAGAAGAUCAUUCAUCGGGACAUUAAGCCGUCUAAUCUGCUGGUAGGGGAGGAUGGACAUGUAAAGAUCGCUGACUUUGGGGUCAGCAACCAGUUUGAGGGGGCAGAUGCGCUGCUUACCAGCACGGUGGGAACGCCUGCUUUUCUUGCUCCAGAGACCCUCUCUGAGACCCGCAAGAACUUUUCUGGCAAGGCUUUGGACGUUUGGGCCAUGGGAGUCACGUUAUACUGCUUCAUCUUUGGUGUGUGCCCGUUUAUGGAUGAACGCAUACUGAGUCUGCAUCAGAAGAUCAAGACUCAGCCAGUGGAACUGCCAGAGCACGCAGAUGUUUCAGAUGAUUUGAAAGACCUGCUUUUUAAGAUGCUGGAUAAAAACCCUGAAACCAGAAUAACGGUGCCACAAAUUAAGGUACACCCCUGGGUGACACGCCAUGGUGCUGAGCCUCUUCCUCCUGAGGAUGAUAACUGCUGCAGUCUGAUUGAGGUGACAGAGGAGGAGGUGGAGAACUCUGUAAAGCACAUCCCCAGUCUGGCCACAGUGAUUCUGGUGCGGACCAUGUUACGGAAGCGUUCGUUUGGGAACCCUUUUGACUGGGGUCGCAGGGAGGACAGGAGCCCAACCACACAGGGACACACAUUGGCAAAAGGGAGAGCAGGGAAUUUGAAAUACUGCUACAUUCAUGGUAACCAAAGGAAACAAGAGAGUGGGGAAGGCAUGAGGAGCAUGGACCUGCCCUUCGUGGGCGAGGAUGAAGUGCUUUCCUGACGCUCUGGGACUCGCUAGCAACACUGGAAGGGGGCCCUGGCAUCAGCCACUCUGCACCUGGGACGUGGACCACCGAGGCGGGUUGGAGGAGUUGGAUGGGUUUGGGAUUUCCAGGUUGUGAAGGUGUAUCUGGGACACGCUGGGACUCCAGAAGGGCCCUGGGGCUGUCCGUUGUUAAUGUGAGGCUGUCUGCCCACGCCAUGCAUGCAUCAUUUGUAUAGUUCUACAUUAGCAUGCACUGUCUGUCCAUCAGUCAGGUCUCUGCUCUCAGGACCUACUUACUCCUACUUUCUUCCGUUUGUGUGUAUGUUUGUGUGCGUGUGUGUGUAAGUGUGUGUGGGUUUUUUUCCCCUCCUGUCUAUCUUGGAGGUUGUGCUUGCAUUUUCACUGUAGCGGGGGUGGCACUGCAGUAGAAAUACGGACUCUAAACUCUUAAACAAGCCCCCUAAACACAGAUAGAAGAUUUAGGUCUGUGAUAUCAGAAUAUUAGGCUGUUGUUUGUUCUGACUACUGUCAGAUGUGUUGAUAUGAAAAAAGAAAGGUGAAAAGGGAAUUUAUUAAAUUAUUUAUUUAUUCUUAGACACUUUAUUGACAAUAAAGUCAGAGCACUGAAUAUGUGAAGAAGAUUGAAGCUCCACCAAAAGCCUCCAGAAGUAAGCGUAGAAGAAAACUUAAUUUUAGUGUAAAUAAAUAUAUUUGUACGUUCAUCUUGACGCCCUGUUGUAGCCACAGGUCUUACAUAAAAACGAGGGGAGGAGCCAGCCUCCUAGGCAGGUGGGAAGGAGGGGAAAAGGAUGAAAUCGCAGCAUCUGCAAGCAUAAAAGUAGGUGUGUCAUUAGGAGCCAUUUAAAAAGAGGUGAAAACUUGUGAUUGGUGGAGGUAAAGGUAACGUAGUAUUAGAGUCUCACUUUCACUUUUGCCACUACUAUUUAAGUCCUCCCUGCAUUGUAAUUGUUUGGAAUAUUAAGCAAUAGAGGACUGUAUAAAUUCAAGUAAAGCAAAAAACAAGUGUAAAUAUUGAUUUUAAAACAUUCACCCAUUUACCAAUGAUCAUAUCCAUGCAAAAUAAUUUUUUAUGCCUCUUUAUCUCUCUAUUCAGGGUGAUAUGUAAGGGAAAAUGCAGAUACUGUAUGUUAUGUAUGUAAGCAUGUAAGUGUGUGUGAGAGUUGUAAGGUCACAGAUCUUUGGGUGUGUAUUAUAAUGUAUACACACUAGCUAAUGGGCUAGUUUACUAAAUCACAAAAAAACUAUUUAGUGUUUCUUCAGUCAGAAAGUCAAUAAAGAAACUUAGUAUGGCAUGAUCUCAUGUUUGAUAUAGUAAAUUAAUGAUCAUUUAUGGAUUAUUCUGCCUUUUUGGGUGUACCAAACUUUAAUUGGCUUUGUGGUAAAGGUUUUAUUAGUACUGUAAUUUUACAAAUCCUCAUUUGUAGACUUACUUACCAAAAUAAGACGUAUUACAAGUUGUAAAAGUGAAAGUGUAUUAGAGUUAUUGAUAUUUUGUGUAUCUAUAUAGAGUUAUAGAUACAGAUUUUUUUAGGAAAUACAAUAACUUUUAAGAUCUAUGCAUGAAUUGUCACUUAUUAAAAUCUUUUGGACACAAAUGUAUGCCUUACAUUUCAUCAGAGUAAAUCUAGAGUUUUGAUACUGUAGAGUUCAGGUAAUAGAAAAAGUUACUGUAAACCUAUAGUAGUGUAGAAACAGAAGAGUAUUUAGUCCCUGUUUACACCUGGUAACUUUAUCUGAAUUGUCUCCUGAUAAGAUUUUAGUUAGUCAGACUGAAAUCCUAUUGCUGUGUAUGGCAGAAUAUGCAAAUUAACUUUUUAAAAUUAUUUUAUUUUUUAUUUUUUUAUCAUUUUUAUCCUAUUUUCUCCCAAUUUACACGGACAAUUACCCAACCCACUCAUUAGGACUCCCCCUAUCACUAGUGAUGCCCCGACACCAGGAGGACUAGCACAUGCCUCCUCCGAUACAUAAGUCAGCCAAUGCUUCUUUUCCAACUGCUGCUGAUGCAGCAUUACUGAGAUGUAAGUUAAAGAUGUGGUUAAAAUGUGUCAGACCAUGUUCACAUCUAACAUUGACAUAAAUCCUGGGUUUUCGGAUCAUAAGUGUGCAGCGGAAAGUGUGAACAGGUCUGAAUGGGAUACAGUGCAUCUCAUGGACACACUGUAAUCCCAUCACUUAAACCACGAUCACAGUCAUGGGGAAAAAAAAGACACAUAUGACUACAUUGUUUUUGUAGUGUAAACACCACGGGGUCUCGAUACGUCUCCCAACAGCAAAGCCCCGCCCACAUUACCUGCAUCACUGACCCAUGUCCACCAUCCGCACGGGGCUAGCUGAGCACAAUACAACGAUGAGCUAAUGUAUAAAAGUGAUACUUGAGGCUGAAGCAAACUAAAAGCUCAACUGGAUUUGGGCUGAGGACUCACACAAAACUGGAAGAAUCUUAAUAUAACUGGCCCGCCUCCACUGAAAAUGAUAAGAUCAGAAAUCCAAUCUCAAUAUACAAGGAUUUUGCGAUUCUCGAUAUAUCGCAAGACAAUUCUCUAUGAUACUUUACAGCAUCUGUGAUAAAUAAGUAAACUCCUAAACUCCUAAAGAAGUAAAUACCAGGAACAAUGGAUUUAUUGACAACUAUUUUUCAGAAUUGAACAACCAAUAUUCUUCACCACAGGUUUACCCUAGUUGUUAAAUUAGCGCCACCAUGUGGAAUAAUGAAGCAGUAACUUUAGUAAGUUGAACUGGGGGGCGAGUCUUAGGGAGUAUAAAACGCCUAAAUUCCAAUAAAAAUACAGAAAUUCAAUGAAGUGACCAGGUGUAAACAGGGCCUUUGUGAUUUGCUUAAAUCCAGAGUUUGAAAUUAGUUAAAUUGGCCCAAAGUUUUUUGUUUUUUAUUUACUGUGUACUUCAGUCAGUGAGCUCUUGUGUUUGGCCCUUUUGCCUGCCCUCUUUAGGAUGUAGUUGAGUGUGUUUGUGAGUGGUGCUUUCUGCCACAGAACUUCCUCCUUUGUCUUAGACACACACACGCACACACACAGGGAACAAUAGUGAACACAGUUCUGCUUCCACAAGCUGAGGAGUGUUUCAGCACAAGCGUGUUUUGAAUGUAUAGCCACGGGAUUGGGUUUAGGUUUAGUCUCCUUUGGCUUCCUGCGCUUUGAUUCUUGCAUGUUUUUGGCUCUGCUGUACUCUGAGGGUUCGUUCUCCGGCUGGGUGUUUCUGUGGUUUUUAAACUUUUACUAUGCAUACAGAAAUCUCAAAUAUGUGGUGCAGUUCCAGACCUUGUCAGUCAGUCGAAUUUCUUGUAGUCAGGUUUGUUGGUUUGUUGUAUUGGAUGUUGGUUAUUGAGGGUAAAGCCGUGAAGGCCUGAUGGAACUUGUGUUAGGACUUGACCGUAUAUGCAUGAACAGCGAUGUUCAGAAUGUGUGUGUAAAUGAGAAAAUGGAUAUUCUAUAAGGGAGAGAUUUAAAGGGAAAAUCAAAGGGAAAUUUCACAGACUUUUCACAAUUCCUGCUUAGAUUAGUUUAGUUCAGAUGUAAACAAACUGCCUUGCUAACAAAGAACUUUAUAAGAAUAUUUAGUAAGUUUUAAAGGGGUUUGAGGAAGGUAACCUUCGUAACAUUAAAUGUAACAAAUGAAAACAUUGACACAUUGCAGUGACUUUACCAGAAAAUUGUAAAAACAUUAAAUAAAAAUGUCCAGAAAACCUAACAGAUUAUUUUUUUUUAUUUUAUACUAACCAAAAAUUGUUAGCUGGGUGGAUUAAUUUAAAGUGGUUCACUGUAGAUAAUUACACAGACUCUUUUUAUUUGAUCUGUUUAGAGCCUCUGUUUAAACCUGACAUUAACAUGCAGUUCUGCUGAUCUGAUCACAUUUAGAUUUUAUUUACCCUGCAUGAGAAUCCAGGUUUAGUUAAAACGCCCAGAACAGAUUAAAUCGUAUCACUCAAACCACACUGAGAGAAGAUGGAUCUUCUAUACAUUUAUUACAGAGUAGAGCUGAAGUCAUGAUGUGUUGUCAUUGUCAGCACAUUGUGCCCUGUGUUUCACUGGCUCUGAAACAUAAAUAUAGCUGUUUUAUUGCUAUUAUCUAAAACCACCAGUCAAACUAAACAUGUCUCACAAACUAUUUUACCUUAGAAUGAUUCAGAUUUACCUCUCCACACGCAUGUUUCAUACUAUAUAGUAACUUAUACCUAUAGGAUUAGAUGUUUUCUUAUUUUUGCUGUAGCAAAAAAAAUCUUUCAGUCUAAAGAUGAUACACAAAAAUGAACAUAUUACAUUACAUUUGGCAGACGCUUUUGUCCAAAGCGACUUACAAUAGUGAAGUACAAAAGUAAUAGAAGUUGAAGGUAAAAACAUCUUUAGAUAGGGCCUAAAGGAGGUCAAAGGGAAGUAGUGGGAUAGAGGAGUGAAGGAGGGGAAGAAGGAAAUGAGGAAACAGUGCAAUUUCCCUUUAAAAUCUGAAAGUCUUUAGAAUGACGAUGGAAAAUUUGACCCAUCCAACAGAACUGGGUAAACAAAUUGGUUUUAAAAGCCACCAAAAACAGGUUUUGCACUCUACAACAAAUUUUUGAUUAAUUCUUUUAGCUAAACUAUAUUUGUAAAUGUAAGAAAUUAAUUAAUUUGAACAUAUUUUUUCUACUUUUCACUAACAGACACCAACUGAUCAGCUUUCAUUCUUAUCUCCCUCCAUGUACGGCUCACACCUUCUGAACUGACCUCCUACAGCAUAGACUGAGAUCACCUGCAGGCUCUGAAUCGAAAUAAAAGAAAAACAACAACAACUACAUGAAUGCUGUAUGAUAUUUGUAUUUGUAUAGUAUAAAUAUUUAAGCUUUUUUCUUCAUGGUUGUGCCCAGGUUUUCCUGAAGGGCUAGGAUAUCGCCAUCCAUAUCACUUAGUCCAGUAGGUUUUAGACACUGUAGUUACGGUUUACAUAAAUCUGCAUGCCAUCAACAUCAUUACACUGAAUUUCCAAGCAUGAUGAGACUCUUUACAGAAUACACAGUUACACCACCGUUGAUCAUUCUAUACAUAUUGUAUCUUGUUCAUUAUUUGAAUAAAUGACAGUUGACUUUA